UAUUGAACUAAAUUAAAAUGCUGCAGCGAAUUAAUUCGACACAUUAGUAAUAAAUAAAGCUAAAUAUAAGCUUUGAUUUUUAAGCAGGCGGGGUCCUGAGCUGUCGGCACUCUUCAUUAACUGAGUUGAAGAAGAAGAUUUCAACAGGAGUCAACUUUGGACGAACGUAGCCAACUCCCCCGCGGUUUGCUUUCCAACUCUGUGGCCGGCCACUGUACAGCUGCUGUGGUUGUUUUGGACUUUAAAGCACGCAUGUUUGACUAUGGAGCCAGUCCCGGCGUUUCUGUGUGUCCUGUCCGUGUUUGUGUCGCUACUCUCGGAGAGGUUUGUGGUGUUGUCUGCCUUCUCUCAGUCCCUGGACAACGACUACACAUUCACUCUACCCGCUGGUCGAAAGGAGUGUUUCUACCAGACCAUGAAGAAGGAUGCCUCUCUGGAGAUUGAAUAUCAGGUAUUAGAUGGUGCAGGUCUCGAUGUAGAUUUCACCAUAUUCUCUCCUUCUGGUCAGGAGCUGUUCAACGACUACCGCAAGUCCGAUGGCGUCCACACCAUAGAAACCGAGGAUGGGGACUACAUGUUCUGCUUUGACAACACGUUCAGUUCGGUCUCGGAGAAGCUCAUCUUCUUCGAGUUGAUUCUGGACAACAUGGACGCGGAUGAAGACCCAAACGACUGGAAGGAGUACGUCCAUGGGACGGACAUAUUGGACAUGAAGCUGGAAGACAUCAUGGACACCAUCAACAAUGUGAAGUCUCGACUGGGUAAAAGUGCCCAGAUCCAGACGCUGCUGCGAGCGUUCGAGGCUCGUGACCGAAACCUCCAGGAGAGUAACUUUGACAGGGUCAACUUCUGGUCCAUAGUCAAUCUUGUUGUCAUGAUGGUGGUGUCGACGGUUCAGGUGUACCUGGUCCGUUCGCUGUUUGAAGAUAAGAGGAAAAUUCGUACAUAACGCCAGCGCAUGAACGGAAAAUGGAAGGAGAGAGAAACAUACUUCAAACACGUGGGAUUUCUUCAGCUCAUCUCAAGACUCUUAACGCAAGAUGUCAUAAGUACACAUACAUAUGCACCCACACAUACAACAUUAGAGACAUUCGCAACCCCACACCACAGCUGAUAAUCUGGUCUGCAGUUCACAGUGAGAAUCAUCCCAAUCCUAUGACUGUCCGUUCCUCUAUAUGCAACCUCUGUCUUUGUUACAGGAAAAAAAACCUCUGUCUCUCUUAAACAACACAAAGUUUUAUGGUCCUCCAUAGCCGCUGUCGUUCUUUACAGAAAGUGACAUAAGAAGUAUGUUUACGAUGCAACUAUUUUUCUAACGGAGCCUGAAAUAAUCAAAAUACUAAUUGGCCUAGUUGCCAAUUGACAAAAAAAAAAAUUUGGAAGUGUUUUUUUGAGUGUUAAGUUAAACUAGAUGAAGAAAUGUAUGAGAAAAAAAUAUUUCUGCCAAACAUGAUCUCGAGGGGCACGGUCUGUCAGCAUGUCUUCCCCAUACAUUAGUUUUGAGUUGAACUAAGAUGCCUUAGUGAUUUGUUUUGAGUCAGCUGAGCCCGUUUUGAUGCCUUUGAACAUUUGUUUUGUUACAGUUCAGCCUCACUUUUCUCUUCAUGUCAAUACCUAAAAGUGUUGACGCAGUUCUGCUAAUGCCGCUCUUUGGCACACAAGGGGUCGGGAGGUGGGCCACCUCCAGAUCUCUUAAUGACUACUGUACUACUCUCUUCGGCCACAGCUAUGCCACCCUGCUCUGUGAAUCCUGGCGGGUGCGGCCGAGUGUCCGCUUACAGCCACGCACUGUGUGAAGAUGUUCAGCCUGCUUGUCUCUCUAGUGACAGAAGUUUAUUUCUGUCUUACAGACACCUGCAAGGUCAUUACCACUACUACGUUGCACAAGCCAUCCACUGCCUUGUUAAUGUCAGCAGUCUAAAUCUCGAUAUCAGUGGAUCUUACAAACUUUUUAAGCCAACAUGACAAACAUCUGAUCGUUGCACUGCCUAUAAUGUCACAGCUUUUUUGUAUUCUCAUGAACUAAUUUAACAUUUUUGCCUCUGGCUUUUUUUUAUUGGACAGGGGAUUAUGUGGACCUAACAGAAAUGGGUGGACAGCUGGUCCAGAUAUGAAGUUUUAACUCAUCAGUUGCUUGUAUUCGACUUAGAUUCUACAGUGGGUUGUGGUUAAGUUUUUUUUAUAGGUAUUUAUUCAGCUCAACAGUUGAAACCUGGCUGCUGCUCAUAACUGGAAGCUCCAUGUCACCGUCUCCUGAAUUUGCCCAGUGCUGUAAGAUAGAGAUCAUACAGUGAGUUCUUGCCUACAUAGUUUACACUGCUCUAUGUGUGAGGUGGGGAAAACCCAAUUCUAGGUUUUCUGAUUACUUUUAAAAAUAGAUGCUUAUAUCACACUGUGGACGUCUGUGAGAAAUGCCCUGCCUCAGCCUCAGUGUUUAUUCCUCUUUUCUGCUGGUGUCACUGUGGUAUCUAACUGUAUGCUGAGAGUCUUAACUGAUCAAUUAGUAAUAAAACUAACUAUUAAAGUUCUUUCAAAAUUCUAUCAAAAAAAGACAUUUAAGAAGUGUUUCUAAGUUACUGAUAUUACUGAGAGAGAGAUCACACUUUUAAAGACCACAAACUGAAGACUAUUUUUACUACCUUGAUGGGCUGUAACAGUAACAAGUGGGGGGAAGAGGGACCUUGAUAUUUAUUCAACUAAUGUCCUGUGUAGAUGUAAAUGUGUGUAAAAUAAACAAACAUACUUUUUUCUGA